GACGCCCGUCAUCGACUUUUUCCAGAUGCUGCAAGGCGUUUCUCUCAGCAAGCGGCUGAGGCCAUGGCAGUCAUGCAUUCCAAUGGAUUGUGCCACGGUGAUUCCACCCUUAACAACAUCAUCUUGAGGCUCUCCAAUCCAUCGACCACAUGACAGAGGAUGAGAUAUAUGAUAUUCUUGGCGAACCUGUGACAGACCACAUUGAGCUGCGAUCCCGGACGCAGUACAGGCACAUUCGUCUUGAUCUUGGCGACGACGUCCCGUUUGCAGAGCUCACCGAGGUGGACCCCCUACCACCCAAGUCUCGGUCCAGACGACGACGGGAGCGGGAAUUGAGGCGCAGUGCCCCAAAAUACGUGGUUGACCCCGUAGACCUCACACACCUCCCUGUUGAGUACCUGUCAAAUUCAAUCAGCAUCAUGGACUUUGAUCAGGCCUAUCCUGCUCAGAAACCGCCCCGGUCCUUCACCGGUAUACGGCCAGCAUACACCGCCCCGGAAGUCACCUUCGAGCUCAAGAAUGGGCCAGCAGCAGAUGUGUGGGCACUUUCCUGUUGCAUCUUUCGCAUGCGAUGUUCGCGCGACCUCUUCACCGGUACCAUGGAGACGCCAUUAAACUCAACAACUGCCAUCUAUCGUGCUCUGCGACCAUUCCCUGAGCACUGGACAAAGGUUCCCUUCCACAAGGAUCAUUGGCCCCUCCACGAGGAACGCGAAGAUGGCACGAGUGCCCCUCGUGAAUAUGAACGCGAGUUUCGCGCGAAACCGCUGCCGCUCAGGCAGGUCAUUGGGACGAAGAUCGUGGACCGUAAGGCAAUAAAGUCAUCAUUUCCAUGGCGGGAUUAUCCGCAGAGGAGAUGGGUGGGUGGCAAGUUGACGGAGGACUCGACUCCAAAGGACACAAUUCCCAUCUCUCCGGAGGAAGCUGACUGCUUUCACGACCUCCUCCAACGAAUGUUUGUCUACGAGCCCGAUAAACGCAUAUCUGCAGCUGAGGUAUUGAGUCACCCAUGGUUUCAGGGCCGCCCACUAUCAUGACACAAUUACCUAGGUAGUCCUUCGUUUGUUAAUCAUGUUUGCAAAUC